CUAUUACGCACUAAUUCAAUUAUCAACCAGUUCAUGUCUAACGUUGAACGAGUGAGUAACUGUUUGGAAACAAGCAGCAUUAAAAAUCCUAGAAUGGGUAAAAUUUUACUCUACACCGCAGCAAUAAGCCCUCCAGCUCAUUCCGUGAAAUUGACUGCUGAAGCACUUGGUCUGGAAUUAGAAAUCAAGGCACUGAACUUACUCGCUGGUGAUCAUUUGAAACCAGAUUUCAUUAAGCUGAACCCUCAACACACGGUUCCGGUGAUUAUCGAUACAGACGGAACGAUUGUUUACGACAGUCAUGCAAUCAACGUUUACUUGACGACAAAGUACGCAAAAGAUGAUGAACUGUAUCCAAGUGACAUCGUAACCCGAGCCAAAAUCAACGCAGCACUACAUUUCGAUUCAGGAGUUCUCUUUUCUAGACUACGCUUCUAUUUCGAACCGAUUCUAUACUGCGGAUCCAGCGAAUCUCCACAGGCCAAAAUUGACUACCUCUAUAAGGCGUAUGAACUGUUGAAUGACACACUGGUCAAUGAUUACAUAGUUGGCAACAAGCUCACUCUUGCAGAUUUGAGUUGUAUUGCCAGCAUUGCUGCUAUUGAUGCCAUUUUUCCAUUUGAUAAGAACACAUACCCGAAGCUAGCUGCUUGGGUCGAACGUAUGUCAAAGUUGCCAUAUUACAACAAGGCCCAUGAAAGUGCCGAAGCAUUGGCUGCUCUUUGUCGCCUCAAACUCGAAGAAAAUGGUAAAAGCAAAGCAAAGAGUUUGUAAUUCCAACAAAAUGGUGAAUGGUGAUAUGAUCAAUACAAGUUUCUAACUAAAAAAUUCAACCAUGAUACUACCGAUUCAUGAUUCUAAGCGAAUUAAAAAACAU